UUCUCCAGUACAUUUUACUACGGAAUCCAAAUUUAUUGCAUCACAAAGCGAAGUCUUCACAAUUUUUCGCAAUAUUUUUUUUCUAUUUAAUUGUUGCUUUUUCUUAAUAUAACUAUCAACAAAUUAUUGAAAAUUAAUAAACAGCUUGAACUGUUGUAGGUGCGAUAAAGUGACUGUGUGUAGGUGGUCUUAGUCACUCGUUGUCAACGUUUCUCAUCCUGAUGAUUACCGAUCUACCCUAACCUAAAUCAAGUUAAAAUUUCUGAAUUACGCAAAGAAAAUAAAUCGUUAUUCUAAUAAUUUAUGCUAUUAUUAAAAAUCAGUGAUAAGCUAUUUAUAAAGUGAUUAAUUUUCUAUAGUUCAAUUUUUAAACGUGAAACGUAAAUAAAUAUGAAUAUUUACAUAGUUUCAUGUUAGUGAAAUUGAGUGAUUUAGUGUAAAUAGACCAUAUAAAAAAAGAAAGAAAAAUUAUGUUACUUCCUACGCACUGAUGACAUCGGAAGUGUUUUUGAAGAACAGUAAAAAAAGUAAAGCUGUUUAUAAUCUAACUUAUUGAAAUGAUGAUGGAGUUGAGUCAUAGUUUGACCCUCAAUGAGGAUGCCCUUAAUCAAAUCCCUGAGGCUAAACGACCAGUUUUUAUAUUUGAAUGGUUACGAUUUUUGGAUAAGGUUUUAAUAGCUGCACAAAAGAGUGAUAUUAAAGGAUGUCAGCAAAAGCUGGUGGAACAAUUAACUAAACAUAUGCAAGGAGCUCCUGGUCCUCCUACAAGGCGACUUAUUGCAAGAUGUCUUGCCACUUUGUUUAGCGUUGGCGAUACAUUUUUGCUUUUUGAUACUGUCAAUAAAUGCAAUGAUAUUCUGAGAAAUAAGGAUGAUUCUCCAAGUUUUCUCCCAACGAAAUUAGCUGCUAUAUGCUGCGUAGGAUGUAUGUAUGAAAAACUAGGAAGAAUGAUGGGUAGGUCAUAUGAAGAAACUGUACAGAUUUUGAUAAAGUCCUUACGUUCUGCAGAAUCACAGACUCGAAUAGAAAUUAUGCACACGCUUGAGAAGGUAUGUGCUGGCAUGGGAUCUGCAAUUACGAAUGUUCAUAAAGAAAUAUAUAAAGUUUCUAGACAUUAUCUCACAGAUAGAGUAAUGGCUGUAAGGUGUGCUGCUGCAAAGUGUUUACUGGAAAUGUUAAAUCAUGCACCAUUUUUAUAUACCACUGAAAUAGAGAGUGUUGCUACACUUUGUUUCCGUGCAUUUGAGGGGUCAAAUUAUGAAGUAAGAUGUGCCAUUGCAAAACUAUUAGGUACAUUAGUGGCAAUGACCCAGAUUCCAGCACCAAAAGGGAAGAAUCCUUCAGUGAUGCAGAGCAAAGGUUAUAAACAAAUUUCACUCGACGAAGUACUAAAUAUUUUAAUGUCUGGAUUUUUAAGAGGAGGAGUAGGUUUUUUAAAAGGCACUGGAGAAAUAAUAAAAGGAAAUUCCAGUGUAAACAGAGAUGUUCGAGUUGGAGUCACACAUGCAUAUGUGGUAUUUGUUCAAAUGUUAGGAGGUUCAUGGCUUGAACGUAAUGUUGGCGCAUUAGUCGCCCAUGUACUCGAUCUUGUAACUAAUCCAAAAGCUGCUAGUUCACACGUUGAUGCUGUUUAUUCUAGAAAAUGUGUUAAUUUUAUAUUACAUGGCACUGUUGGAAAGUUAUUGGGUGAAGGAGCUCAAGCUGCUGCAUGCAAAGAAAUAGCACAUAUUAUUCUGAAACAAAUGAAUUCUAUUGAUUUUAGUCCAGAAAAUGCUAAGGAUUGUAACCAGGAAACAUUAUUUAGUCAACACUUAUUAGUCUGUGCACUGCAAGAAAUGGGAAACUUAAUCUUAGGGUUGGGUACAACAGCUUGUAAUUUAUUGUCAGAUCAAUCUUUAAGUUUAAUUGAUACAAUCAUGGCUGUUCUGAUUCAUCCGUGUCAAGCAGCCCGGCUCGCAGCCUCUUGGUGUUUACGUUGCAUUUGUGUAGCAGCUCCAAGUCAAAUAACACCACUAAUUGAUCGCUGUGUGGAUGGAAUUGAAAAUAUGCGUAGUUCACCGGAAGCAAUAGCUGGAUACAGCAGUGCAUUAGCUGCAGUUCUCGGUAGCGUUCGUUUAUCGCCACUUGGAGUUCCUCACACCAAGGGAAAGAUCAUUUUUAAUACUGCAGAGGAACUUCUAAGAAGCGCAAGCCAAAACAGUCGUUUAUCGCUGAAUAGAACACACGCUGGAUGGCUUCUAAUUGGAGCUAUAAUGACACUUGGUACAGCUGUAGUAAAAGGAUUAUUGCCUAGGAUGCUACUACUCUGGAGAAAUUCUUUUCCCCGUUCAAACAAAGAACUUGAAAGUGAAAAAGCCAGAGGUGAUGCUUUUACAUGGCAAGUAACCUUGGAAGGUCGAGCUGGCGCAUUAUCAGCAAUGCACAGUUUUCUAUUGCAUUGUCCAGAGCUUUUAAACGAUGACAUUACAAGACGACUUCUGACACCAAUUGAGUCUGCUUUGGCAAUGUUAACUAAUUUGUCACCUGUGUUAAAAAAUUAUGGACAACAAUUGAAAGCUCCAGCUGCUAUGGUUCGUUUACGUUUGUACGAAACAUUGUUAUUACUACCGCCACAAACUUUUGAAGGUUCAUACACGCAUCUUCUAAGGAUGUUGGUAUCGGAGUUUACAUUGACUGAAAAUCCUGGAAAUACUACAACAUCACUGUUACGUGCAGUUUGCCAUGCUAAUGAUUCUGUAAUACUUGGUACAUGGUUGCAAGAAACCGAUCACCGUACAAUCGAAGAUCAAAUGGAACCAAACAGAAGGGCAGAUUUGGAACAUCUGCAACCCAACAGUGCUGCAGGAUCUGGAGCUUUGGAACAUAAUCCAUGUUGUCUUUACAGACCAGUGCCACAGGAUGAAAUAAUUCCUGGUCCUUUACCUUUGGGAGUUGCAGUUAUUGAUCUAUCAGUAUCGUUGUUUGGUCAAAUCUUUCCACGCGUAGCGAACAAACAUAGAUUACAAAUGUUAGAUCACUUUAGCGAGUGCAUAAAACAUACGAAGUCUGGUAGGCAAGAAGCAAUACAAAUGAAUGUUUUCACGGCUGUAUUAAGUGGCUUGAAGGGUCUCAAUGAAGCAAAAACUGGAUUUGGUCAAGAAGAUGUAAAGAAAUCCGCCACUAAUCUUAUCAUUAGUGCUUUGGUUAGCAGUAAUUCAAUACUGAGAUGGGCAGCAGGGGAAGCAGUUGGAAGAAUGGCUCAAGUUAUUUCUGAUCCUAAAUUUACAGCGGAGUUGGCGCAAACGAGUUUCGAUCGUUUAAAAUCUGCUCGCGAUGUUGCGAGUAGAACUGGUCAUUCUUUAGCGUUAGGGUGCCUUCAUAAAUACGUAGGUGGGAUGGGGUCUAGUCAACAUCUCAACACAAGUGUCAGUAUUCUACUUGCACUUGCCCAAGAUAAUACUUCUCCUGUAGUACAAGUAUGGGCUUUACAUGCUCUUGCGCUUAUAGCUGAUUCUGGCGGACCAAUGUUUCGGGGCUACGUUGAACCUACAUUAUCUUUAGCAUUAACUCUACUUCUCAAUGUUCCUCAUUCCUAUAUUGAUGUACAUCAAUGUAUAGGGAAAGUACUGUCAGCACUUAUUACAACAAUAGGACCAGAAUUACAAGGUAAUACGUCAACAAUUUGUAUGGCACGGUCGUCAUUUUUAUGUGCAUGCGCCAUUAUGCAAGAUCAUCAAGAUCCUCUUGUACAAGCUGAAGCCACAGGAUGCCUUCAACAAUUACAUUUAUUCGCGCCCAGACACGUCAAUUUAUCGUCUCUCGUUCCUACAUUAUGUCGGACUUUGUCAAGCAAUCAUUUGCUUUUACGUAAAGCUGCAAUAUCUUGUCUUCGUCAACUUGCUCAACGAGAAGCAAAAGAAGUAUGCGAACAUGCAAUGACAUUAGCUAAUGAAAGUCGAGACACAAAUAUAGUUGAAGGUCUUGUUAUAACAGAAACUGGUCUUCCGGGUGUUUUGUUUAGCAUGUUGGACACAGAAACCGAUAGUAAACUGAUCAAGGAUAUCCAUGAUACGUUAACCAGCAUGUUACAAAUUUUAGCAGCAGACAAUUUAUCUCAGUGGCUGUCUCUGUGUAAAGACGUUCUUACAAUAGCUUCAGAAACGUGUACCAACGAAGAAGGAAAUACUAUCAAUGUCGAGGACAGUGCCGCGGAAAAUGAUAAUGCAGAUGCAGAAGGAGACGAUGAUCAAGCUGAAUUUCACGCCGAUGAAUCCACAAAACAACGACCGACUAUCACUCCACGGUGGCCAACUAGAGUCUUUGCAGCACAGUGUGUCAGAAGAAUUGUAGCUGCUUGUGUAAAUAAUAAACAAGCUCAUUUUGAUCUCGCCUUAGCUAAGGAGCUCCAACUGUCUAAAGGAAAAAGUGACUUUUUGGUAUUACAUCUUUCUGACUUAGUGCGAAUGGCGUUUAUGGCCGCAACAAGCGACUGCGAUCCAUUACGACUCGAAGGUCUAAAAACACUUCAGGAAAUAAUAGAUAAAUUUGCAAAAGUUCCUGAACCAGAGUUUCCUGGACACUUAUUACUCGAGCAGUUUCAAGCACAAGUUGGCGCUGCGUUGAGGCCCGCAUUUUCUGCAGAAACAGCAUCGCAUGUUACGGCUGCAGCUUGUCAGGCGUGUAGUGCUUGGAUCGGAAGUGGAGUUGCUAGAGAUUUGAAUGAUCUUCGUAGAGUUCAUCAAUUGCUUGUAUCUUCUCUGGAAAAAUUAAGAGAGGGACAUACACGACCUCAACUUUAUAAUGAAAGUUUAUUAACGCUCGAAAGAUUAGCAAUAUUGAAAGCUUGGGCGGAGGUAUACGUAGUUGCUAUGAUAAGAGAUGGUGCUGCGUUAAAUAGUAAAGAUACGUUCAAUCAAAAUUCGAAUCAAGUCGAUGAUGGGAACGAUGAAGAUUUUGGGAAGUUUGAAUUUCAGACUGAAAGUUUAUUAAGUUUGGUACAACCGGAAUUGCUGAGUUUAAGUCAGUAUUGGUUAGCUGCCCUGAGAGAUCAUGCUUUACUUUCUUUACCACCAGAAUUUUCCAGUCAAUUACCACACGAUGGGGGUGCUUUUUAUACUACAGAUACAAUGGAAUCUGCUCGACCUCAUUAUGCAGUAUCGUGGGCGCCAAUUCUGCAUGCUGCAACACUUUGGCUUAAUGCGAAAGGGUUCGGACUAGAAGAAACUAAGAAUGAAGUAAAAACAUCAAACGCGACCAAUAAUAUUAACAAUAAUAACAACGACGAUGCCUCCUCUAAAACUAAUACUAAUGUUGAACGUUUUCACUUAUUAUUUGGUAUAUGUAUGGAAGCUCUAUGCAGCCCUCGAUCUUCAGAAUCUACUCAAAAUAUAGAAACAUGUUUAAAUGCUUUAUAUACUUUAUUAAAUUCCACGUGGGCUCGAAAAGUACUGAUUACGGAUCGUUCGUUACCAAUUGAAUUGUGUAACGUUCUUCACAGGAUGUUAUUAACGAGAGAAAGUUACGUAAUUCAAAUGGUUGUAAUGGAAGUGUUAAAACAAGUAAUGAAAGCAGCACAAGAAGAUCUAGUUGAAAGAAAAAAAAUUAAACUAAAAGAAAUAGCACCAGCACACGAAGAAAGCAAUGAAACUCAAGAAGUAGAUUUGUUAGGAGAAGGUGAAGAAAGUGGCGAGCUCAUACCUGGCAAAUCAUUGGUAUUCGCAAUUCUAGAAGUGUGUUUGUGCCUGUUGGUUCGACAAAUACCGGCGUUGAAUCCUAAUCCUGGUGGUACAACAGCAAUUUUAUCUCAAAGAGGAUACAUGCCAUCCGAAGAAAGUGGAAAACUGAUAGCAGCUGCACUUAAUAUAAUGGAGUCUUUGCCUACUCUUUGCUCUCCUCAAGGGGCUGUAGCAAUUUUACCAACAUUGUUGUAUCUAGCAACUGGAGUAAUAAGAGAAACUGCGAUACGGACUGACAAUGAAUGCAAUAAAACAGGCUCAGAUAUACCGGUUCAUGCAGCUUUGCACUGCAUGAAGAACCUUACUACAAAUAAGUAUUCAAAGGAUCAUAGAAGUCAAGAACAAUGGACAAGUCUUUUGCAAAGCGCUCUUGCUAAGAUCAUCGACCUUGCUAAAACAGGUAACGAGGAAACAAAAAUGGACGAAGUAGCGAUGAUAUUAGGUAUUGCGGUAUUUGUUCUUCAUGCUACUUCAGAAGUCGUAAGUGCACCAAACUUACAGUUUCCCUGUAUCAAUCAUUUUAGACAUGCAUUCCAAUCAGAAAAUACGAUGGUUAAAUUAAAAUGCGUUCAAACUUUGAGAACAAUAUUUUUACAUCCAGAACGUACAAUAAGUACGCCUUAUAUUCAUGCGUUAGCGCCAAGAUUAGUAGAAUAUCUAUACAGCGAUAAAAGUAAACAAGUUACAAACGAUUUAGAAAUGUCCUUUACUUUGGAAUGUAUUAGCACCGUUGAGGCUCUUAUAGGGCUUGCCGAUUUAUCUCAUCGAGAUCUUCUCCAAGGUAUACAGAUGCUGACAUUACUUGUGCCAAUUCUAAUUAAUUAUUUAUUGGAGGGAGAUCAACUUCAACACGCUUCCAAAUAUCAGUUAAAUCUUCAUCAACAGAGCUUUCAAUGGCUCAACAAGAUAGGACCAAAAUAUCCUCAGGAAUUUAAAACGUUAAUGUCGCAAUCUACAGAACUGAAAACUAAGUUAGAAAAUGCCGUGAGAUCUACUCACCAACAAGCACAGAGGCACACCCGACCAGUAGAUCUUGUAAAACCACAAAUUAAGAUCUCUACACCAUCCAUUAAGCUCAAAACAGAUUUUUCAAAUUUUAAUUAAAAUUUCUUGUAGCAUUAUUUAACAUACUGUAUACCUACUGUAUACCUACUCUGCAAGCUAUGCACUGUACAACAUAACUAACAGAUCUUUUGUGCUUGCUAAUUUUUAUUUAAAAUUUCAUAAAUUCUAUUUACGUAUAAAUACGUUUAAGAUAAUAUUUCGAAAGUGAAGUUUCUAGUCUGAACCAUAAAUAUUCCCAUACAAACAAAUUUAAAAAUAAAGUACGAUAAACGUUUUCGUGUGUGGUAUACAGUGUGUUAAAAAUGGUGUUAAUAAUAAUAUUAACAAGUAGUAAUAAAUGAUUAUCGUAUUAAUUCAUUAGCUGACACUUCGUAAAUGAUAAUCAGUAGAGCAAAUCUAACACAAUAUUUUCUGUACAAGGUAUAUUUUAAUUACGAGAAUCUUUACCUCCGCAAGAAUUUCAUCAAACAGGAAUUUAUUUGUUAAUAUUUAUUUAUUUAGCAAAUAUUAAGAUU